CCCGCCCGGCCUCGUUCGCGAGCGCAGGCUUCGGCCAUUUCCGUCCCGGCGCACUCGGCGCACUUCGGCAAGUUCCGCAGUCGCCUGUCGGAAAUGGCUGCCGGCCGGCAGGGGGAGCGGGGGAUCCGGCGCGGCCUGGGAGGCGGGCGGCCGGCGGCCGGCGCGGCUUCUGGGACGCCGAGUUUGGCACAGGCGGCGGCGACGGCUGGUCCCUGAACUGGAAGCUGGAAAGCAAGCCCUGGAGUUCACUAUCUCAAGAUUGUGUACUGAAGUGUGAUGCUACGUAAGCUACAGAAGGAUCCUGAAACGCGGCCUGAGUGUUGACAAAGACAUUGAUGGGAGGAGGCAUCUCUUCCUGUCCAACCAGCCACUAUUUUGCUUUGAGUAGAAACUAUGCGUGUUUGUUGGUCAGCAAAACCAAGGGACGGGAGCUAUGGCAGUUGAAAAAGUCGCUCCGGGUCCAGGAUACUUUUCCUGGGUUUCAUCAUCAGGAACCUCCUUCCUUUCAUCCCAGGCGCAAUGUGGUAACUUUUACCAUUUGAUAAAGAUGAAGGACAUGUUUUUUGGUCAACAACCAGGACUUAAAAUCUGCUGGAAUAGGAUCAGAGACCAUUUCAAUUGCAGCUGAGGAAAAUGAAAUUUCCAUUUUAUCUGGUGCCUUGUACCAGGAGCACACUAACUCUUCUGGAAACUACCGUGUGAAUGAAAACGAGGUUGAGUUUUGUCGAGUAGAAGCUCAUGGUUAUGGCCAGUGACCCGACGUGAGCAGAGGGGCAGGAGCCACAAGGCCCUCAUGACGGGCUAUACCAUGUUGCGGAAUGGGGGGCCAGGGAACGGAGGCCAGACCUGCAUGCUGCGGUGGUCCAGCCGCAUCCGCCUCACCUGGCUCAGCUUCACGCUCUUCGUUAUCCUGGUGUUUUUCCCCCUCAUUGCUCACUAUUAUCUCACUACUCUGGAUGAGGCCGAUGAGGCCGGCAAGCGGAUUUUUGGCCCACGGGCUGGUAACGAGCUCUGCGAGGUAAAGCACGUGCUGGAUCUUUGCCGCAUUCGUGAGUCAGUGAGUGAAGAGCUCUUACAGCUGGAAGCCAAGCGGCAAGAGCUGAACAGCGAAAUCGCCAAGCUGAAUCUGAAGAUCGAAGCCUGUAAGAAGAGCAUUGAGAACGCCAAGCAGGACCUGCUGCAGCUGAAGAACGUCAUUAGCCAGACUGAACAUUCCUACAAGGAGCUGAUGGCCCAAAAUCAGCCCAAACUCUCUCUGCCCAUCCGAUUGCUCCCAGAGAAGGAGGAUGCCGGCCUUCCUCCCCCGAAGGUCAUCCGGGGCUGCCGGCUGCAUAACUGUUUUGAUUAUUCUCGUUGCCCUCUCACCUCUGGUUUUCCAGUCUAUGUCUAUGACAGUGACCAGUUUGCCCUUGGCAGCUACCUGGACCCCUUGGUUAAGCAGGCUUUUCAGGCUACGGUGCGGGCCAACGUUUAUGUUACCGAAAACGCAGACAUCGCCUGUCUGUACGUGAUGUUAGUGGGAGAGAUGCAGGAGCCAGCUGUGCUACGACCUGCUGAACUUGAGAAGCAGUUGUAUUCUCUGCCACACUGGCGGACAGACGGACACAACCAUGUCCUCAUCAAUCUGUCACGGAAAUCAUACACACAGAACUUACUGUACAAUGUCAGCACAGGCCGGGCCAUGGUGGCCCAGUCCACUUUCUACGCUGCCCAGUAUAGGCCUGGCUUUGACCUGGCCGUGUCACCACUGGUCCAUGCCAUGUCCGAGCCCAACUUCAUGGAGAUCCCACCACAGGUGCCAGUGAAGCGGAAAUACCUCUUCACCUUUCAGGGUGAGAAGAUCGAAUCCCUGAGAUCCAGCCUUCAGGAGGCACGCUCCUUUGAAGAAGAAAUGGAGGGCGAUCCUCCAGCCGACUAUGACGACAGGAUCAUUGCCACCCUGAAGGCCGUACAGGACAGCAAACUAGAUCAAGUCCUGGUAGAAUUUACCUGCAAAAACCAGCCUAAGCCCAGUCUGCCUACCGAGUGGGCACUGUGCGGGGAGCGGGAGGACCGCUUGGAAUUGCUGAAGCUUUCCACCUUUGCCCUCAUCAUCACCCCUGGGGACCCUCACUUGGUCAUCUCAUCUGGGUGUGCAACACGGCUCUUUGAAGCCCUGGAGGUUGGGGCUGUCCCGGUGGUGUUGGGGGAGCAAGUGCAGCUCCCAUACCAGGACACGCUGCAGUGGAGCGAGGCAGCCCUGGUGGUGCCCAAGCCACGUGUUACUGAGGUUCACUUCCUGUUAAGGAGUCUCUCUGAUAGUGACCUUCUGGCUAUGAGGCGGCAAGGCCGCUUUCUCUGGGAGACUUAUUUCUCCACCGCUGACAGUAUUUUUAACACCGUGCUGGCUAUGAUCAGGACUCGCAUACAGAUCCCAGCUGCUCCCAUCCGGGAAGAGGCAGCAGCUGAGAUCCCCCAUCGUUCAGGCAAGGCUGCGGGAACUGACCCCAACAUGGCUGACAACGGGGACCUAGACCUGGGGCCAGUAGAAACGGAGCCACCCUAUGCCUCACCCAAAUACCUCCGCAACUUCACUUUGACUGUCACUGACUUUCACCGCAGCUGGAACUCUGCUCCAGGGCCUUUCCAUCUUUUCCCCCACACACCCUUUGAUCCUGUGUUGCCCUCAGAGGCCAAAUUUUUGGGCUCAGGAACUGGAUUUCGGCCUAUUGGUGGUGGAGCUGGGGGUUCUGGCAAGGAGUUCCAGGCAGCACUUGGAGGCAAUGUUCCACGAGAGCAAUUCACGGUGGUGAUGCUGACUUAUGAGCGGGAGGAGGUGCUUAUGAACUCCUUAGAGAGACUGAACGGCCUCCCGUACCUGAACAAGGUGGUGGUGGUGUGGAAUUCUCCCAAGCUGCCCUCAGACGACCUUCUGUGGCCUGACAUUGGUGUCCCCAUCAUGGUGGUUCGUACUGAGAAGAACAGUCUGAAUAAUCGAUUUUUACCCUGGAAUGAAAUUGAGACUGAGGCCGUCCUGUCCAUCGACGACGACGCCCACCUCCGCCACGAUGAGAUCAUGUUCGGGUUUCGGGUGUGGAGAGAAGCACGAGACCGCAUUGUGGGCUUCCCUGGCCGGUACCAUGCGUGGGACGUCCCUCAUCAGUCCUGGCUCUACAACUCCAACUACUCCUGUGAGCUGUCCAUGGUUUUGACAGGUGCUGCCUUCUUUCACAAGUAUUAUGCCUACCUGUAUUCUUACGUGAUGCCCCAGGCCAUCCGAGAUAUGGUGGAUGAAUACAUCAACUGUGAGGACAUUGCCAUGAACUUCCUCGUCUCCCACAUCACUCGGAAACCCCCCAUCAAGGGUCUCACUAUGUCACCUUGGGUAGAGUGUCCUGGCGUCAGAGCUCACGGCAACCUCAAACUUUUGGGCUUAAGCAAUUGUCUUGCCUCAGCCUCCCAAGUAGCUGGGACUACAGGCGCCGGCCACAGCGCGCCCGGCUCUUUUUUUGUUGUUGCAGUUGUCAUUGUUGUGUCAUUUAGCUGGUUCGAGCCAAUUUGAACCCUCACAGCCUAUGUAUAUGUGACCGGUGCCCUACCCACUGAGCUAUGGGCACCACCCCAAACUGAAGUUUUUCAUGGGCAUUUAAUGUGUAUGGGCAGGAAGCUGUACGCCUGCUUCCCAAACACAGGCGAGGGCUCCCAGCGGGGCCUGAUUUGGUCUCUGGUUGUACUGAACCUGCCGGAGCCGCAGAGAACCCUGGCACCCGGCUUGUACUCCUGUUACUCCCAUCCUUCUGGUGUCUGCGGUUCUAAAACUUCUACCUCAGGAGAGAGCACUGAGCCCCAGGCUCAGGAGAGGGAUGGAGACGGGAGGGGGACGGAAGCAAGAAAGAAGCUGAGCUGGGUUCUCCUCUCCCGGGCUUUCCAGGUGGCAGUUUGAGUAGCAUUGACAAUCCUAAGAGUGGGUGGGACCUAGAGGACCCUGUCCUUCCUAAAGUGGGGUUAACGACUGAUCAGGCGGGUUUGAUGCUGAUGCUGGGGAUCCCUCCUCAGGCCUGGAGUCAUGGCUACAUGGGCCCUGUUCUUCCGGCAGACUGGAGCCGGCCACGGGGCUGCAGUAGACAGGUCCUCCCAUACACAGGCGGUGUCUCCUCAGUCUAUUCUCUUCACUUCUGGCUUGAACUUAAGGCGAGCCCAAGUGGCAAGUGUUAGUUAUUGAUGUGAUUGUCACUCAAGUUGAAGGCUCCCCAAGGUUUACUAAAAUACGUUUCAGAAGGAACAUGUGUGGUUGAGGGAGUGGGUUCAAACCCUAGUCUGCCCCACGGUGGUGGGGGGGCAAGUCAUCUGCUGUAAAUUCUGGUCUCGUCUAUAAAAUGGUAAAACUUGUGCCCAUCUCUUAAACCUCAAAGUUAACAUAGUAAAUCGUCGACUGUGGACACACUAUAAAAUGAACCAUUACUGGGGUAGAACGUUGCCAGCCUCACGGCUCGCUCUUCAUCCCAUCUGAGCACUGCACCUUGCUCAUAUCCUGGGGGUGCCUGCAGGAAGCCCGCCCUCCUCAAAGGUUGCUACUUGUCCUGUCUAGCCUUGUCACCUUACCAUGGCGACAGUUUACCGCUCUGCCUCUCACACCAGGUUGGAAGCCUUUGGGGCCUACAGCACUGAGUAGUGUCCAGAGGUUUCUGAUGAAUGAAUGAUGCUUUGAAUUAGAACGUCACUGCGCUGACAGUGCUGGAGCGCCUCCGACACAGCUGACGUGGUCUUGCUGGGAUUAUCAGAAGCCUGACAUAGAGGCUCAGAAGUUUCAGAGCCACUAUGUUAUUUGAAAAUUUUCACCAAAAAAAUUAAAACUACAACUUUGACAAAGGCGAUUAAGAAAGAAGGGAGUGUGCUGAGAAUUAAGGACAAUGCAUGACGGAUUCCAGAAGUGGUUGAAGCAGGUGGGAGGCCCUGCCCUAGGGCUGGAUUUGGUUUGCUAUCUAAGGUCACCUGGUUUUUAAUUGGUUGUAAUUUGGUAAAUUGUUUCACCUUUGUCUUCAUGUUUGUAAAAGAGUACAAAUCCUAGUCACAUUGUCGGGCUAUCAUGUCAGCAUUUUAACUAUUUAAAUCCUAUUUAUUUGAAUUAUUGGUCUCAAUGUUUUAUCAUGAAAUAUUUCAGACAUGCAGCCAAGUUGGAGGAAUUUCUGUAGAGUGAGCCUGGUCCCUGCCUACCAUUUCACUGCGCUUGCCUGCCGGGUGUUUCUCGUUCUGUCCACCCUCUGGCCAUUUACUGAGCCCUCUGUUCGUCCUUCCAUCCACACCAGCUUUGGUGCUUUUCUGAGUAGAUUAGUGACAUCAGUACAUUAACCACUAUAUAAGCACGUGCUUAUAUUAACUGUAGGUCAGCAUCCACUUGUUUUUCUUUUGAAUGUAAACUGCACAUUUUAAAUUUACUCACUGAAACACGUCUUAAGUGUUCCUUAAGUUGUAACAAAUUUGUGCAUCUCUACAACCCAGACCCUUCCCGAGAUAGAUUGUCAUUAUCAACCCAGAAGGUUCCCUCAUGCUCCUCCUGACCUGUCCCACCUCUCAGACCCGCUCUGCAUUUGUACCUUGGAAUUAGCUUUCUCUAUUUUAGAAUUCUUAUAUCACACGAUUUUUUUUACUGGUGUAAAGCUUCUAGAAACUCAGCAUAGUGUUUUUGAGAUUCAGCCGCUGUUGCUGCAUGUACUGGUGAUCUGUGACUUCUUAUUGCUAAGUAGCGUCCCUUCUAUGGCUAGAACAAAAUCCGUCCCUUCUAUUAGGAUGCUGGGCUGUUUCCACAUUUGGGAUGUUAUGAAUAAAGCUGCCAAAAACAUUCACGUGCAACUCUUUAUUUACGUUUCUGUUUCUCUUAGCUAAAUACCUAUGAGUGGAAUUGUUGGGUGACAUGGCAGGUUAUGUGUUUAGUUUUAUAAGAAACUACCAGACCUUUUCCCAAAGCGAUUGUGCCAUUUUGUACUAGUGCCAAUAAUCGACAGCGGGCGCUCCACAUCCUCACUGAUCUGCGGUGGUGUCAGACUUUAAUUUUAGCCAUUUUGGUAAUAGGAUCUUGUAGUUGUGAUUUCCAUCUUGCCUGGUGACUAAUGGUGCUGAACACCUUCUCAUGUGCUGACACUAUUUAUAUAUAUGGAUUUGUCUCCAUUGUGAAGUGUCAAUCUCAGUCUUUUGAUCGUUAAAAAAAUUGGGUUGUCUUUUUUGGUAUUGCUUUUUUUCUUAUAGAUAUUUUUAGUAUAUAUAAGAAGUGUAUUUUUAGUAGACUUUUGGGGGGAGCAAUUUUAUUUCAGAAUGUUGUAGGAGUACAAAUGUUUUGGUUACAUGCAUUUUAUACAGUUGGGGUCAAGAGCAACUUUAGAUUUACAUUUACAUAAAACUGAGUGGCAAGUACAAGGGUUCCCCUCUUUCCACCAGGCCCCCACCUGCUCUUUUCUUAGCCUGUUGUGAUAGAUUUGUUGUUUGUUGUAGAUCUGUUAUAAUGAGGGGCCGGUAUCGGCAUUGUUAACUACAGUCCAUGGUUUAUAUUAGGUUCAUUCUUUGGUAUAUUCUGUAGGUUUUGAUAAAGGUAUAAUGACAGAUCCACAAUCACAGUAUCAUAAAGAAUAUUUCACUCCCCUAAAACCUCCCUGUACUUCACUUUUGUUCUAGGCUAAAAGGCAUAAAAAUGGAAACCCAUUUGCCAUCUUCUCCUAAGUUCGACUCUACUUCUGAGCCUGCUUUUUUCUUUACUCUCUAAUUCCUCCACUUUUUUUUGGUGGUUAUUAUUUACCUAUCUACUUAUGUCUGGAGUUUAUAAUUUUAGGAGUAGGAAGGUAGGGUCUGAUGGGAGCUGUUACAUCCCAAUUCCAUUAU